AUGGCCGAGGAAGUGAGUUACGUCGACGUGGCAACCUCCAUUUCGGUGGAAAACGUCCAAGCCCUCGCUGCCGUCGUCAGCGACGUCCCUCCCCGCUACCUCCGUCCGGAUGUCGCCGCCGACCCCGUUGCUCCGCCCAAUUACCAAACCUCCCUCCCGGUAGUCGACCUCCGCAAGCUCCUCGACGCCAGCUCCCACCGCGAAGAGGCCGCCAAACUCCACGACGCCUUGUCGCAGUGGGGCUUCUUCCAGCUGAUAAAUCAUCAAGUGCCCGACGAGCUGAUCGAGCAACUGAAGUCGGACAUGGCGGAGUACUUCAACCUCCCUCUAGAAGAGAAGAAGACGUUCGCGCAGCUACCCGACGGCUUACAAGGAUACGGCCAGGCGUUCGUCGUGUCCGAGGAUCAGAAGCUGGACUGGGCCGACAUGCACUUCGUCAUCACUCGACCCAUCCACCGGCGAAAUAUGAGAUUUUGGCCCACUCAUCCUCCUUCCUUCAGGUCAAUUCCAUCCUUAAUUCCAAUGAAUAUAUGUCAUCAAGCAGGAACCAGCUACAGCGUGGAGGCGAACCGAGUGGUGAGCAUCUUGCUGGCGGUGAUGGCUGAGAGUUUGGAGGUGGCGGAGGAGGAGCUGAUGGAGGCGUUCGAGGGGAUGCCGCAGGGGAUGAGGAUGAAUUACUACCCGCCGUGCCGGGAAUGCGAUAGGGAGGUGGGGCUGUCGCCACACACCGACGGAGCCAGCUCGUUAACUCUGCUGCUGCAGGCCAACGACGUCAACGGACUGCAGGUCAAGCACGAAGGUUUAUGGGUUCCGGUGGUGCCGCUACCGGGAGCGUUCAUCGUCAAUGCCGGCGACAUUCUCGAGGUACUGACCAAUGGAAAAUACAAGAGCGGCGAGCAUAGAGCCAUGAUAAAUCCCAACAAAGAGCGACUCUCAAUUGCUACAUUCCAUCUUGCAAAAGAUGAUGGACGGAUCGGACCGCUUCCAGGGAUACUGAAAGGAGACAAAGAAAAUUUCGUUACGUGGAGCUACAAAGAGUAUCAAAAGGCAUUCUUGACUACCAAAUUGGAUGGAGCAAAUAUUUUAGAAAAGAUGAAGAUAAAUUAA